AUAUGUAUGUAUAGGCAGAGUAAACAUCACUCAAUUUGUUUGGUGUAUCAUUGCCAUUGACAGAUAUCCCCUCCAAGAUUUGAGCUUCCUCUAUAGUCUACAGGCAGUUGGGGGAGAAGGAGAGCAGAAGUUGAAUGGGGGUGGCUAAAAUGGGGAGAUCUGCAAGACCCUUGGUGGGUUUUGGGCUGCUGGUUUUGUGCUUAAUGGCAGCCAUGGCAGAAGGUGAGUACUUGAAGUACAAGGAUCCCAAGCAGCCACUGGGAGCUAGAAUCAAGGAUUUAAUGAAGAGGAUGAGUCUUGAGGAGAAGAUUGGGCAGAUGACUCAGAUUGAGAGGAAAGUUGCCAGUGCUGAUGUUAUGAAGCAGUACUUCAUAGGGAGUGUAUUGAGUGGUGGAGGAAGUGUGCCUGCACCUAAGGCCUCUGUUCAAGAUUGGGUUAAUAUGGUGAACGAGAUUCAGAAGGGGGCACUUUCAACCCGCCUAGGGAUUCCUAUGAUCUAUGGCAUUGAUGCAGUUCAUGGCCACAACAACGUCUACAAGGCCACCAUUUUUCCUCACAAUAUCGGGCUAGGCGUCACCAGGGAUCCAGAACUUGUGAAGAGGAUUGGAGCUGCAACUGCACUUGAAAUCAGAGCCACUGGCAUCCCUUACGCUUUUGCUCCUUGCAUUGCAGUUUGUCGAGACCCGAGAUGGGGGCGUUGCUACGAAAGCUACAGCGAAGACCACAAGAUUGUGCAGAUGAUGACAGAAAUCAUUCCUGGUUUACAAGGCGACCUCCCACCCAAAUCCCGCUCUGUUCCCUUCGUUGCUGGAAAGACGAAAGUUGCUGCCUGCGCGAAGCAUUUCGUGGGGGAUGGUGGGACGGUUAAGGGCGUUGAUGAGAGCAACACGGUGAUCGACAUAAAGGACCUGUUCAGCAUUCAUAUGCCUGCAUACUAUGAUUCAAUCAAGAAGGGCGUCGCCACUGUUAUGGUAUCUUACUCAAGUGUGAAUGGCGAAAAGAUGCAUGCUAAUGGCAACCUCGUAACUGGCUUCCUCAAGAACAAGCUCAAGUUCAGGGGGUUUGUCAUCUCGGAUUGGCAGGGGAUUGACAGGAUUACUAACCCGCCUCACGCUAACUACACUUAUUCAGUCCAGGCAGGAAUUCUCGCGGGGAUUGAUAUGAUCAUGGUCCCAGAGAACUAUGCAGAAUAUCUUAGCAGUUUGACAGAGCUAGUGAAGAAGAACGUUAUCCCUAUGAGCAGGAUCAACGACGCUGUGAAGAGGAUACUGAGGGUUAAAUUCGUGAUGGGACUUUUCGAGAACCCAUUGGCAGAUCUCAGCUUGGCAAAUCAACUGGGAAGCCAGGAACAUAGAGAGUUGGCUAGAGAAGCUGUGAGGAAAUCUCUUGUGCUUCUGAAGAAUGGGAAGAAUGCCCAUUAUCCAUUGCUGCCACUCCCUAAAAAAACAGCAAAGAUUCUUGUGGCUGGAACUCAUGCAGACAACUUGGGGUUCCAAUGUGGUGGCUGGACUAUUGAAUGGCAAGGUGUUGCAGGCAAUGAUCUCACUGUGGGAACCACCAUUUUAACUGCUGUGAAGAAAACCGUUGAUCCUUCAACACAAGUGGUGUUCCAGGAGAAUCCCGACGCGGAAUUCGUGAAAUCCGGCGGUUUCUCCUACGCCAUAGUUGUCGUCGGCGAGGUGACGUACGCGGAGAUGUUCGGCGACAGCGGCAACCUCACCAUAGCCGGAACCGGCGGCAGCGCGAUAAACAGCGUCUGCGGGGCGGUGAAAUGCGUGGUGGUGGUGGUUUCCGGCCGCCCAGUCGUGAUAGAGCCCUACGUGGCCAAAAUGGACGCCCUUGUGGCCGCUUGGCUGCCGGGAACGGAAGGGCAGGGCGUCGCCGACGUGCUGUUCGGCGACUACGGCUUCACCGGCAAGCUGGCUCGCACUUGGUUCCGGUCGGUGGAUCAGCUCCCCAUGAACGUCGGAGAUAGCCAUUACGAUCCCUUGUUCCCCUUCGGAUUUGGACUCACAACUAAGCCUCUGUGAAUUGAAGCCAUGAAAAUUUAAGGUUGUUAUCAGGAUUCACUGAUAUGAUGCCAUUGUUGAACAGAACAGACAAGACAAUUUGAAUGUUCCAGACAAGAUCCCACGAUUUAUGCAUGUUGUCUGAAAGUUCAAUCAAUUUUACUCCGUAUUAAAUUUGUUUUGUUUGUGUUUU